CGAUUGCUCAUCUGUCUGUUAAAAUUAUAUAUAUCUGAAAUUCCAUUUUUGGGGGUUUUUUAAAUUAAAAGAAAAAAUUCGAGACCUUUUUGGGGGGGUAAUUUCCCGCGAAUUGGCGAUCCGUUGUCGGUCUUUGAUGGCUACGAAGGUAUGGGAAAUGAGGAUCCUAGCAUUGUUUUUGUGGUGGAGGCUAACGUGCUGCGCCUCCCUUCCCGUUAGGGCUCCGUUGUGUCCCAAGAAUUCCGCUCUUGAAGCGGUCUUUGACUUUGGUGACCGCUUUUGCUCCGUUAGCUCUGAUUUUAAUGAAUCUAUCGAUUUCGUUGGAGUUACUGAGGGAGAUGAGAUUUCAUUGCAAAAGGCACUAGACAUGGUUCAGAGGAACAGCCGUGAAUUUGUAGCAGUUCUUUUCUAUGCAUCUUGGUGCCCUUUUUCGAGGUCUUUCAGGCCAAGUUUCACAGUCCUUUCAUCUUCCUAUCCAUCCGUGCCUCAUUUUGCUAUAAAAGAAUCAGCUGUCAGGCCAAGCAUACUCUCGAAGUAUGGAGUUCAUGGGUUUCCUACUCUUUUCCUUCUAAAUUCUAGAAUACGUAUACGUUAUCAUGGAAAUCGGUCUGUUGAAUCUGUUGGUGCCUUCUAUUAUGAUGUCACUGGCUUUAAGAACAAAUCUCUGGAUAGAACAUCGCUGGAAAGAAUCCAACAUGUAUCAAAACAUGAGAAGCAUAAUAGCACUGAACAGGAAGCCUUCUCAUUCUCUUGGGCAAGAUCUCCACAGAAUUUACUUCAGCAAGAGACCUAUUUGGCCUUAGCCAGCACUUUUGUGCUUUUAAGGUUGCUUUACCUGUUGUACCCAACUUUACUAGUAUCCGCUCACCUCACUUGGAGACGGCUCAAUCGAAAGGUGAAGGUGGGAACCAUAUUGGAACACCCUGUGGCUUAUCUUAAAAGAAAAUUUCAGUUCAUUUCCCUGAAAGAACCCUGCAAGAUAAACAACUUGCACGGUGCAAUGAAUGCCAGAGCAUGGGCGUCUAAAUCCCUUGCUACUGUUGCAAUCGGAGAUGCCAGUUCUAGCCGGUCCUCGCUGAUGAAUGGAUCGAUCUGACCCUUUUAGCCGGUGUGCCUUGGAAGCAGGAGCCUUUUUGUCAUUGAAUGUUCUGAUCCUGUAAUAGUUAAAUUUCAUUUGUUAAUGUGAUUUUAGAAUACAUAUCAUCCCCCAUAAGCAGCACUGUAAUUUGUGGAUAGGUUAAGACUUAUAUAACUAGAGCAAUGUAUGACUAUUGAUGUAGCAGUCAUCAAGCAUAAGCCAUUUGGCACUGCAAAUGCAAUUCCCGUUUUCAACGAU